UUCUACUUUCCCCCCACAUCGAACUUAUCCGAGGAGCUAAACUCUCGUUGGAUUCUUUCAUUUCGGGGUGUCUCGGCAGGCUGGGGGUUUUUCUACUUUGAACUUCGGCUCCUCUCUUCCCCUCCUCCUGUAGGUGACCAUGGCCGCACCGGCUGCUCUGAUCCCACCAACUCCUCUGGUGCUUCCGCCGCCUCCGACCUCCGCUCCCUCCGCCACCACCACCUCCCCGCCGUCGGCCACUUCCUCGCCGUCUCCAUCCCUGGCGCCUCCGUCCGGACCCGGGCAGCAGAACCUGUUCCGGUCGGAGCUGCUCGGAGCCACCGGCAGCCCGGGCAUCCCGAACAACCCGAACAACGCGGCGCUGCCCCCCGGCAAGCCCGUGUACUCCACCCCGUCGCCCGUGGAGAACAUCCCGCAGAACAACGAGUGCAAGAUGGUCGAGCUGCGCGGUGCCAAGGUGGCCUCGUUCACCGUGGACGGCUGCGAGCUCAUCUGCCUCCCGCAGGCGUUCGACCUGUUCCUGAAGCACCUGGUGGGGGGGCUGCACACCGUCUACACCAAGCUGAAGCGGCUGGAGAUCACGCCGGUGGUGUGCAACGUGGAGCAGGUCCGCAUCCUCCGGGGGCUCGGCGCCAUCCAGCCCGGGGUGAACCGCUGCAAACUCAUCUCCAGGAAGGACUUCGAGACCCUGUACAACGACUGCACCAACGCGAGCUCCAGACCUGGCCGGCCUCCGAAGAGGACCCAGAGUUUGACAUCAUCAGAGAACCCCCACAUCAUGCCCCACCAGGUCCCCGGCCUCAUGUCCCCCGGCAUGAUGCCACCCACAGGCCUGACAGCGGCGGCGGCAGCAGCUGCCAACGCAGCCAUCGCUGAGGCCAUGAAGGUCAAGAAGAUCAAGCUGGAGGCGAUGAGUAGCUACCACGGCAACGCCAACCACCACGGGGCCGACGAGAAUGGAGACCUCAGCUCCGGCGUCGGCCUGGAACUCCCCUUCAUGAUGAUGCCACACCCCCUGAUCCCAGUCAGCCUGCCCCCAGCCUCUGUCACCAUGGCGAUGAGCCAGAUGAACCACCUCAGCACCAUCGCAAACAUGGCGGCUGCAGCACAGGGCCAGAGUCUGCCCUCCAGAAUGGUCACCUCUGUUAUAAAGGAACGUGUGCCGGACAGUCCCUCCCCUGCUCCCUCCUUAGAAGACAACAGGAGGCCGGGCAGUCACCCCUCGUCCCACCGCAGCAGCAGUGUGUCCAGCUCCCCAGCCCACACAGAAAGCUCCUCAGAUAGGAUACCUGCACACCACAAUGGCCUGUCCAUGAACCAAGCCCUGCUCGGCCUGUCCCCCAACAUCCCGCCUGGUCCUAAAGAGGGAGACCUGGCCCACGACAUGAGCCACGAAGCAAAGAGGAUGCAUGCUGACAAAGAGGACAACCUGUUGUGCACCCCGACAGCAAGAGACAGCUACGAGAGGUUGUCGUUGGCUGGACAGGCUCUUCCUCCUGGCUUCCCUUCACCAUUCCUCUUCCCAGAUGGGUUGUCAUCAAUAGAGACCCUACUCACAAACAUACAGGGCUUGCUCAAAGUGGCAAUUGACAACGCACGGGCUCAGGAGAAGCAGGUGCAGCUGGAGAAGACGGAGCUGAAGAUGGAGCUGUUCAGAGAGCGGGAGCUCAGGGAGACUCUGGAGAAGCAGCUCGCCAUGGAGCAGAAGAACAGAGCGAUCGUCCACAAGCGUCUCAAGAAGGAGAAAAAGGCCAAGAGGAAACUCCAAGAAGCUCUGGAGUACGAGUCCAAGAGGAGAGAGGUGGCCGAGCAGACCCUGAAGCAGCCGUCGCCCUCUGACAGCAUGCGUUCACUCAACGACUCCCUGACCCCUGAGAUGGAGAGUGACCGCAGCAGUGGAAGAACAGAUGCUGAAAGGACAAUACAAGAUGGAAGACUGUUCCUGAAAACCACAGUGAUGUACUGAUAAGGCCGCGAGGAGCUGGAGGAAACAAAAAAAAAAUUUCAUGAGAAAAAAAAAGAGAGAGAGAGAAAGAAAGAAAAGAAAACCCAUGAAGAUUCUCAACGGCCCUUAUCCAGGCUGAUUUAAUAGUGGAAAGAAGUCAAGCUGCUUGUAGGAGUUCAAUGGAAAUGCUGUGUUCACCCAAAUGCUGGAGGAGGUUGUGUCUGAAUGUAGAAUAAGAAGUCUUUUGUUCCACCACCAGAGGCCGGCGCAAAAUAGUUUGAUGAAGCAGGUUUUGACGGGUUGGCCCAACGUGAAGGAUAACAUAUAUAUUGAGCACAGUAAAAAAUGUACCCAUGGUACACUGUUGGUAAUAACUCGUAAAUUCACAGCACUGAAGAUUUUUAUACUGUAUCUCAGCCAGCGAGAAAGCUUCGAAAACGAAAAUUCGACUGAAGGUUUGUUUUGUAUUUCAAAUUGAAUUUUGAGAAGCCCAACGCGUGGAGAUGAACCUCGCGGGGGGGCGAGAAAAAAAAAAGAAGUGUGAAUCUGUCCACGUGUUCAUCAAAAGAGAAGACUGAUGUUUUGAUUUCAAUGUUUUCUAAAUUAGAUGACAAUACAAUCAAGUUUCCUUUUUACCAUUGUUGUAUAUACAUGAUCGGAUGAUAAUGAUAGGAACAACUCACUCUAUCGAACCCCAGCGGAUUGAUGAGGUAUGUGUAUAUAACGUUAAGAGGUAUUGUGUAUGCAGUAGAGCUAUUAGGCAAACAAUACCACCAUUUAUAUAAACCUACAGUUUUGUUUUGUUCUAUUUCUGAGCCAUCAUUCUUUCCUAUAGCUGCCAUUUUGGUGAGAAAGCAUGCAGGCAUGUAAAUGUUUGUCCUGGAAUUAUGAUAUUUAAUAAAUCCUAUAUUGUGCUGAACAAAUACUAGGGUUGACUCACUCGAGCCCGCAGGAUUUUGAAAAACAUAACUAUCCGACAUUUCACUUUCCAAAAGACUUUUGCUGUCGAUAGUACUGUAAUCUUUGUAACAGAGGUAAUAUUUCUUGGAAUUUACUGUACAUUUGUCAUGAGACACACUCAAACGUCAGCACCUCUCGAUACUUUUACAGAAAAAGAAAGGAAAAAAAAGAUCCAGACUAGUUUUGACCACGUGUCGGCUUCAGCAACAAACGGUCACGACACAAAUGUUUCCAAUCUCGAGGCAAUUUAGUAACCACAACGCUCAGAUCCCCGUCGAGCCGACACAAACACACUCUUCUUUUUUUAAGAGUGGGCGGCGACAUCCUGACGAGAAGAAGAACUCACGAUAAGUUUUGAUUUUUCUUGUUACUUUCCCUGAAGACUUCUGAAUUUCCGUGCUGAAACACCUGUGUAUAUUCUCUAGACAUGAGCUGAUGUCAGUCGUUUAACUGCAAACCAGUUUAGACCUUAUGUGUUACAAUCAGGGGAGGAAGAGGAGGAUGAGGAAGAGGAGGAGGAGUGUCCCAUGUUCACAAUGUGUUUGUUCUUUUUGUUCUCAAUGGAGUGUCUAGGUCUGU